AUGGCUGAUACUGCUGAGGUCCCCGAACGUAAGACACGUAAGUCUGUUCAAUUUUCUGAAGGCACCACGAUCGUCGACAGCAACGGCGAAGUCACCGAGUCUCUGGAGGUGAACGGCGGCAAGGAAUCUGCCGAGGGUCACUCCUCUGGUGGCGCGGGCGAUGACAAGGAGGUCGAAGAGGUCACCGACAUGUUCGCUGACCUCGCUAAGAAGAAGAAGAAGAAGUCGACCAAGAAGAAGGAAGGCGAGGAGGAUGACGGCGCAGAGGGCGAUUUCGCUGCGCUGAAGAAAAAGAAGAAGUCUAGCAAGAAGAAGGUCGAGGAUGAUUUCGAGGCUAAGCUCGCCGCUGCUGGUGGAGAGAAGGCUGAGGGCGAAGAGGAGGCUGCCGCCGCCGAACCAGAAGUGCAAGAAGGCGACAUGAUGAAGGGCACUGGCAUUUGGCAACACGACCAGACGACUCCCAUCAGCUACAACCUCCUCCUCAACCGCUUCUUCACACUCCUCCACGCUCAACACCCCGAUCUCGCCAGCUCAGGCACAAAGAGCUAUAAGAUCCCGCCCCCACAGUGUAUGCGUGAAGGAAACAAGAAGACCGUUUUCGCCAACCUUGCCGAGAUUUGUAAGCGUAUGAAACGUUCCGACGAGCACGUUGCGCAGUUCCUGUUUGCCGAAUUGGGUACGAGCGGUUCAUUUGCCGACCAGAAGCGUCUAGUCAUCAAGGGCCGUUUCCAGCAAAAGCAGUUGGAGAACGUGCUUAGGCGAUACAUUGUCGAAUACGUUACCUGCAAGACUUGCCGCUCGCCCGAUACGGACCUGUCCAAGGGUGAGAACCGUCUCAACUUCGUUACUUGCAACAGCUGCGGAUCAAGGCGUUCGGUCCAAGCUAUCAAGACUGGUUUCUCUGCACAGAUCGGAAAGAGGCGGAGAAUGGUGGCUUAG